AUGCUAUCAAACAAUCACUCCUUUCGAAAACUCAACUUGCUUGGUGGAAAACGAUCCAAAGUAGAGCCCAUCACUACCCCGUCCAAUGGCAAUGUAUCCAUUGAUGAUUUAGCCUUUCUGGUAAAGCGAUUAUCUGUCCAAAUUGAUGAUCUGGAAACCUGGAAAGAAAAGGAAUCCGCCAGCAAACAACAAACAUCGGAACAGCAAUCAUUACCACUUUUACCUCAGCAAGAGACCCAACAACAGCAACAACAUCCUCACUCGCACACUAAGAGAGACAUGAAAAGGCCACCUACACAUACCACCAUUGAUCCCUGGGCUUCCUAUGUACCACAAAAUUACGGGGCUCUUCUGCAACGAUUAGAAGACAUUGAGAGUCUUCAAAAAUGUCCUAAUGAAUGUUGUGCAAGCACCGGAACUGUGUCAUCUGCGGAUGGUGUACCAUGGCCAAAUCCAAUCGAGCCGUUUCAGACCACCCAUACAAACAACACAUCGUCCUUUAUGGGCUCAAACCAGCAAUCCUUGAACGAGAUGCUGGAUACACAGUACACACAUUGGUGUACCCUGAUGCGCUGUUUACCAUUGAUGGAUCCUGUCACAUGUGCACAUGUCAAAACUGUUGGACUAUACGCUAUGAGAGAGAUCCUCAAGACAAAGGCAAAUCAAAAGAGAGAAUUCUUUGACCAGCAUCCUAUACAACAGCAAACGUGCUGUGCUUCGACCAUGCCAACAACAACCAAACUAAGAGAAUCUCUCAGUUGCCUCAGUGAUAAAGGCACGCCUACGAUGGUACCACUAUCAACAAUAACGCCUGCAAAUCAGGACAUGCCAGCUUGGAUGAGCACAUCAGAAACAAAGACGGCCAUUGCAGAGAUCGCACCCUCACCACCAGCAGUUCCACCUAAAGAAACAGAGACUACAACCACGCCUACACCAUCAGGCUUUCCCUCACCUACGUUACUGAAUAGAAAGAGAUUUCAAAAGUGGGUCAAAUACAAGAAAUCACAGAGAAAAGCUCACACAGAAACUGCUUCUACGCCAAUGGGACAAUCUCAAACACUAAGAAAGAUUGGAUCAUGGUUCUUUUAA